CUUAAGGCUUUUUAAGGCCUGAAGCUCUUGUAGCCUCAGCAUAAUAAAAUAAAGGAAGAAUUAAAAAAAAGAAAAGAAGAAAAAACUGUGGAUUUUCUUUCUGAUUCUCCUAUGUUCUAAAGAUCAAUCUUACCUUUGAUUGAUACAAAUUUUGCUUCAAUCGGGUUUCAGGAAGUCAUAUAUUCUAGGCUGCAAUACUGAGAUUCAGAGAUAAAUGGCAUCAUUGGUAGCCAGUGGUAGCAGUCAAAUGGCUCCUUCAGUUUCUGUCCAAGAAAAAGGGAGUAGGAAUAAGAGAAAAUUCAGGGCUGAUCCACCUUUAGGCGAGCCAAAUAAGAUUAUUCCUUCCCCUCAGCAUGAAAGCCUCAGCAAUGAAUUUUCUGCUGAAAAGUUCGAAAUAACCACAGGUCAUGGACAAGCUAGUGCUUCUGACAUGUGCAGUGUAAGCCAAGAUCAUUCUGAUGGGUUGAAGCUUGACCUUGGAUUGUCUAGUCCUUUACCUUCAUCUGACGUCAGGCUUAGCCAACCUAAGGAGGAACUUGAGGUUGAUGAAUUCCAUGAUGCUGAUUGGAGUGAUCUCACUGAAGCCCAAUUGGAAGAACUUGUUCUGAGCAAUUUGGACACCAUUUUCAAGAGUGCAGUAAAAAAAAUUGUUGCAUGUGGCUACAUUGAAGACGUUGCUACAAAGGCCAUCUUAAGGUCUGGCAUUUGUUAUGGAUGUAAAGAUGCUGUGUCUAAUGUAGUUGACAAGGGUUUAGCAUUUCUUAGAAAUGGCCAAGAGAUUGAUCCUUCACGAGAGCACUAUUUUGAAGAUUUAGUGCAGCUAGAGAAGUAUAUUUUGGCUGAAUUGGUCUGUGUUCUUCGAGAGGUUAGGCCAUUGUUCAGUACCGGGGAUGCAAUGUGGCGUUUGCUGAUUUGUGACAUGAAUGUGUCACUUGCUUGUGCAAUGGAUGAUGACCCUUCAAGCAGUUUAGGUAGUGAUGGCAUUGAUGAUGGUUGUUCUUCUGUUCAGACUGAACCACAGUUAAAGUUAGAAACAAAAGGUCCUGAAUUAAGUCCUUGUAAAUCAAUCUCCUCAGGUUCUCAACCCGAGAAAUCCUCUGUGGCAGGAAAUACUGGUUUGGACAAGUCAAAGAAAUCUCAAAUUCUUGUUGGACCAUCGGGGAAAGAGGCUGCUAAUUCUGGAUGUGAAUUUAUUGAUAAAUCUUCUAGUACUUCUGGGACAUCUCAAUCUCCUUUGGUGGAAGAAAAGUGUGGGAGCGUCAGAAAGGUCCAUUCCAGUAGCAAUAAGAGAGACUACAUUCUUCGACAGAAGUCAUUCCACAUGGAAAAAAGUUAUCGGACAUAUGGACCUAAAGGGUCUUCAAGAGGAGGAAGACUGAAUGGCUUGAAUGGAUUAAUCUUGGAUAAAAAACUUAAAUCUGUAUCUGAGUCUACUACCAUAAACUUAAAGAGUGCAUCGCUAAACAUAAGUAAGGCAGUGGGAGUUGAUGUGACACAAGACAAUUUAAAUGCUGAUUUUUCAUCUAAUGAUGGACCAUCAACCCCCACUGCAUUUAGUCUGGAUUCUACUGUUACUGUUUCUCAGUCAACCAAUACUUUAUCUUCAGUGCAUGAAGCAAAUGCUAUACCUGCAGUUGGUAGCCCAAAUGUAUUAUCAGCUACAGAUACUGAUCUUUCUCUUUCUUUGUCUUCAAAUAGUAAGUCUCCUACAACAACUGUCCGCUGCAAUAAUGAGGCACCUAAUAGUAGUUGUAUGGGGAUACCUCAUGACAGGUCCCUGGGGAAGUGGAUACCCCAAGAUAGAAAGGAUGAGAUGAUUUUGAAGCUAGUUCCAAGGGUUCGGGAGCUGCAAAAUCAGCUUCAAGAAUGGACAGAGUGGGCAAAUCAGAAGGUUAUGCAGGCUGCUCGUCGGCUGAGUAAGGAUAGGGCCGAGCUUAAGACACUGAGACAAGAGAAAGAUGAAGUUGAACGUCUUAAAAAAGAAAAACAAUCUCUAGAGGAAAACACUAUGAAGAAGAUUUCUGAGAUGGAAAAUGCCUUGUCUAAAGCGAGUGCACAGGUAGAAAGAACCAAUGCUGAUGUCCGGAAACUUGAGGUGGAAAAUGCUGCACUGAGGAAAGAGAUGGAGGUUGCUAAGUUACAAGCGGCUGAGUCAGCCACAAGCUGUCAAGAGGUCUCAAGGAGGGAAAAGAAGACCCAAAUGAAGUUUCAAUCAUGGGAGAAGCAGAAAUCCUUGUUUCAGGAAGAGCUAAUGAAUGAAAAACACAAAUUAGCUCAGUUGCAGCAAGAAUUAGAGCAAGCUAAAGUGCAACAGCAGCAAGUCGAGGCUAGGUGGCAGCAAGCAGCAAAGGCAAAAGAAGAACUCCUCCUGCAGGCCAGUUCUAUAAGAAAAGAAAGGGAACAAAUUGAGGAGUCAGCAAAAUCAAAGGAGGAUAUGAUCAAACUGAAAGCAGAGGAAAAUCUACACAGGUACAGAGAUGACAUCCAGAAACUUGAAAAAGAAAUUGCACAACUGAGACAGAAGACCGACUCUUCUAAAAUUGCUGCACUGAGAAGGGGAAUUGAUGGAAACUAUGUCAGCAGCUUUAUGGACGUGAAAAGCAUGGCUCUGAAAGAAUCGCGGGCCGCUUUUAUCUCAGAAAUGGUUUCAAAUUUAAAUGACUACUCUUUGAUAGGGGGUGUAAAGCGGGAAAGAGAAUGUGUCAUGUGCCUUUCUGAGGAGAUGUCUGUUGUAUUCCUCCCAUGUGCUCAUCAGGUUGUUUGCACAACAUGCAAUGAUCUCCACGAGAAACAAGGUAUGCAAGACUGUCCUUCUUGCAGGAGCCCCAUCCAGAGGCGUAUUUCUGUCCGAUUUGCCCGUACAUAAUUUAUUUACUUGAAUGAAAUGAGUGUUUUGAAUAAUGUCUGUUGGAACACUCUUGCAAAGAAUAAUGCAUUCAGAAUCAUGCAUCUCGAGUUUAAAGAUACAUUAAGUUGCUUUCAAUGCCAAGGUUGAUUUUUAUGUUACAGCC